AACAACCUUAGUUUUUCCAACAUAACAUAGAUCAUAGAAGAUCAUCGUGCAAAGUGCUAUCCCAUUCCGUGUUUGUUAUCUUUCUUUAUCAACCAAAUAUAUCAACAUCCACUGAAACAAAGAUUGUACACAGAGUAAAACUGAACCUUUGUGUUUUGCUCUGCUUCCGAAAGCAGACAAUGAAGACACACAGUCGAGAAAUUUCGGAAGCUGAUUCAGAUUGUAAAAGAUCAUGCCUCUGUGGCAUCGUUCCGGCGGUUUCUAUACUUUGUGUUGUUUUGCUUUUCUCGAGUUCAUUCUUUGCUCAACGCUACAACCAGAAACUAUCGAGAUGGAGAAUGAACACCGAGAAAUUGGAAAAUGAUACUUGCAAGAAUCAGUGCAGGUCUGAUGGAAGCAGUGCACUCCCUGAAGGCAUAAUCUCCAAGACUUCUGAUUUGGAAAUGAGGCAUUUGUGGAAUCUUCCUAUGACUAAGACAAUAAAGAAUAAGCAAAACGCGUCAACCAAUUUGUUUGCAAUUGCGGUUGGGAUAAAGCAGAAAGACCUUGUGAACAAAAUGGUCAAAAAGUUUCUAUCAAGUAAUUUUGUCGUGAUGCUUUUCCACUAUGAUGGCAUUGUUGACAAAUGGAAUGACUUUGAAUGGAAUAAUCAGGUCAUUCACGUGGCUGUAGCCAAUCAAAGUAAAUGGUGGUUUGCCAAGCGUUUCUUACACCCGGACAUAGUUGCAGAAUAUGGUUAUAUUUUCCUAUGGGAUGAGGAUCUUGGAGUUGAAAACUUCCACCCUGAUAGGUAUGUUUCUAUUAUAGAAAGUGAAGGACUUGAGAUAUCACAACCAGCACUUGAUACUGAAAAUUCAGAGGUACAUCAUCAGAUUACAGCACGUGGGAGGAGGUCAAAAGUGCACAGAAGGAUUUACAAAACUGGUGGUAGAGGCAAAGGUUGUGACGAAAAUAGCUCUGCUCCUCCUUGCACAGGGUAUGUUGAAAUGAUGGCUCCUGUUUUCUCAAGAGCUGCUUGGCGUUGCGUUUGGUAUAUGAUUCAGAAUGAUUUGAUCCAUGCAUGGGGUCUAGAUAUGCAGCUAGGCUACUGUGCUCAGGGUGAUCGAACAAAAAAUGUUGGUGUUGUAGAUGCUGAAUAUAUAGUCCACUACGGUCAUCCUACUCUUGGAGGCCAAGAUUUGCAUCAGGUUUCAUCUCGGGCAAAGGAUCAUAGAGUUGAUGUGAGAAGACUUUCUUUCCACGAAUUACAAGUGUUUAGAAAACGGUGGCAGAAGGCAGUUGAGGAUGAUAAAUGUUGGGUCGAUCCAUUUCAAUAACCAAAACUUAGUCAAAUUUUGUAUAGAUUUCAUCAAAAUACAAAUAUUUGUAAAAAGAAGAAAAUUCAAUUGGCAAUUGAAAAAAAAGUGUUGAUCAUGGGUAGAUGAAAGGGUCUAGAGAUUAUUUUUUAAUCUCAAAGGCAUAAAAAGCUUCACCUUCAUUUGAGUUUGGUGCAUUGUUGUAUAACUUUUCAUUUGUUAACCGUUUCCAAAUGAAAAUAGUUUUCUUGUCC